GGACCAUCGAGCAAAUAUGGCGGCUUCGCAAUAAAUGGAAAGCUUGAGCGAGCAAAAAUGAAAUGAUUUCACUUCAGUAUUAUUGUCCACAAUCGCAGCUGCAGAAAGAAACGGACCUUAGGAUUCCUAGGAAUGUCUGGUUUGGAGGAGAGUGCCAAAGUAGAGGUAAAUGACACCUCAAUGUCAAGAAACUCUCAGGACCUUUUGAACAGUGAGACAUUCUGUGCAGAGGGAACUACAUUAGGACCAUCAGUGCAUUAUCCUCAAGAGACCAUGGCACUACUCAGUGACCAAGGAGACCUCCUGACCACUGUUGGUUUUAUGGACACCAUCUGCUCAGAUGGACCAGCCAAGGCUGCUUACGUCAAUGGAUCCACCUCACCCCAUAUCUCAGAUGAAAUCUUGUUGGAUAUUUCAAAAAAUGUACCAGGAUUCCUUCCCAAAUCAUUACAUGCUCAGAAUUCAGUCACAACCAAUGUCCACUUUGAAGGAGCUGAUCCACUCAGAAAAGAGGGGGAAAUAACAAUCAGGCAAACAUUGACUGCGGAGGAUGUGGAGCAUAGGGGCAUAUGGGGCUUUGAUACAGAAUCUCCAGAAAGCUCAUUAGAUCAUUAUGAUGAUGGAAAUGACCUUAACUGGAAUCCCCAAAGAGAAUUUAUGAAGUUCCUGUGGGAUGAUGAUAAUGGUCUCGAAAUGGAGGGAAAACUGUCCCCUGUUCCUUCACCCAUCAACCAUAAAAGAAGAGCUCCUUCACCGUUCGGCCAUAAAAGAAGACAACGUAAAGAAAAACUGGUGUUAAAAGUUGAUCCUUCAGAGGACAUCUACCCUGAGUUGAAUUUUGAAUCAAAAAAGGAUCACCUGGGGGAAGGAAGCCAGAUAGAAUGCAGUAAUGUUAAGAAGACGCGCUCCCCAAGGAAACCAUCCAAAUUACAGUCACCCAUUGUAAAGCGUACCAAGUAUUUUAAUGGAGCUGCUGAGGCAGUCAAACACCUGUUUGCCAAACCUGCAAAACAGGCUAUUAGCAAGACUCAAAAGUUGGGAUUAAUUAGAGAAACUUUGCCAUCAGACUCGUGUUCUAUUGAGGAACCUACAUUUUUUCCCCGUAACAGUGGUUUUAAAGAGAAAUCUCAAGAACACAGACAAAUUACAUGUAAUACAGACACAACUAGUUCAAAGCCAUUCAUAUGUAAGGAAUGUGGACAGUGUUAUCAUGAUCAGAGUUCGUUGUUAAAUCACAUAAGUGUUCACCGGGACAAGCGACGCAAAAUUACGGAAGAAAUAAAUGAGUUGCAUCAAAUUAAAGAUGAUGGUAAAGAUGCAAAGUUGCAGUGCCCCCAGUGCACCUUUGGAACGAACUGUCCAAACACCUUUGUGCAACACGCUAAGACCCACGAGAAGGACAAGCGGUACUAUAGUUGUAAUAAGUGCGAUUUUGUCGAAAUGAAUGAAGUUGAACUGAGACGCCAUUUGCUUCAUAAACAUGGCAUCAGUGGGUCUGAUCUGACUGUUUGGAAAUCAGAUGGAUUUCAGGAGCGUAAAGUCAAUAAAUCAGUAUGUCCAAUUUCCUUCUCCCGUUCUUUUCAAAGAAAAACUAAAAACAUAAUUGGAAACCAUGUUGAGGCUUCGUGUCAACCGCAGUUUAUAGAAGAACAGGCAUCCUCACAUUCCCUUGACAAUUGUGAUGAAGAACCACCUCCAACUGAACAGUCAUUCUCUGUUUGCAAUGUUCUUACAUCAUGUGCAAAACCAACAGCAAGGUCGCCAAAAUUGUCAGUGAAGAUCCGAGCACCGGACAAAAAUAAAAGCUUGUCGUCCAAUGAGAAGUGUGGUCUUGUACGGAAGAAAAAAGUGUUUAUGAAUAGAGGUGUCCAAAGCCAAUCAAGACAUGACAAAUCAAUUCACACACUUUUAUCCAGAAAGAAACGUAGUAACCAGAGUGCCUCAGAAUGCAACACUCAUCAGGAGCCUGAUGGAAGCAGUACAACAGAGUGUCUUGACGAUUCCCUCAAUUGCGAGACCACUUUUUCUGGAACAGGUGCUAGUUUGUCCCCCUUAAAGUGUCUGAAAAUAUCAGCUCAUUCUAAAGAAGGGAACACUAAAGGAACUUCUAAGUCUGAUGAAAACAUUACUUGUUCAGAAGAUGUUGGAAACACCAACUAUAUGCAUAUAAGUUUGGAAAAGCAAACAUUAAAGAAGUCACCUUCCAAAAGGAAAAUGUCUACUCCAUUCCACAAUAUGCAGGGCCAAGAUAUUCUUUUAGAUUUCCCAAAAUGCAGACAAAAUUUUAAGAAACCUGAAACAUCCAAGAGGAGUAAAGAAAUGAUAAACAACGGUCAUUUUCUGUGUGAUUCUAAUGAUGAUCUUGGACCUGAAGAAUGUGAAAGUAACGAGAAUGCUAAUGCACGUUUUGUUAAAAAACAGACUUCACCUGCAAAAGCAAGUCUUGGUGCCUCAACUGGUCACUUUGGGAAAAACCACAGUUCCCCAAGGAUGCUUUCUGUCAAAGAUGAAUGCAAGGAUGACGAAAUCUCGGAAGCGAUCACAGUUGUAAAGCGUGAACCGAGCUCAGAUGUUGAGACCGAUCUGAAGGCUUGUCCGUACUGUCCUGCUGUAUUUGAGUCCGGAAUUAGCCUCUCUAAUCAUAUAAGAGGACAUUUGCACAGAGUGGGCCUGAAAGUACGGAAUUCUGUAGCUAAGGUGACUUCUCUUGAAAAAGUACCUCCAGUUAGACGACGAACACUGCCACAAGUCAAAACAGAAGAGGAUACAUCCCAGACUGAUCAUCCAGCAGAGCUGAAAACUGACUGCCAACAGACAGAGCGCAUCUGCCCUCUCUGUAGGGAGUGGUUUGACACAAGGACUGGGCUGUCCAACCAUGUACGAGGCCAUCUGAAGCGCCUGGGCAAACCCUCUUCCACCGUGUCUAAAUCUCCAGUGAUCAUAUUGAAAGAAUUGAUGCGUGACAAGAAAGAGUUUCAGAUGAAGCUACAGGUUCUUGAGAAGAAGUGCCGCGCCACUAAUUCUUUCCAUCCUAUUAGGUUGAGUAACGGUUUAACCUUUGCAUCUACUGUCAAACGGCAGAAAUAUGAUAGGGAGGAAAAGAAAAGGAUAGACAUUAGUAAAGGCUCACCACCAAGUGAUCUGAUUGGAAUUUUGAAGAAAAGAAGAGCUCAUGAAGAGACCAAAGCUAAGCACCCAUCCCACACGGCGAGAAAGGCUAUCCUUUUAUCUUCAGGCAGAGACUGUGGCAUGGAGAUACAACCUUUCAAAGCAGUGCCAAAUUCUCUAGCAGAGAAAAGUGAACUCGAUAGAAAAGUGUGUGUGCACUGUAAUACCACAUUCCACAGUGGUGUUAGUCUCUCCAAUCAUUUGAGGGCAUAUGCACAUAGAAAGAAAAAAGCUCUUCUGGACGGAACUAUUUCCGUGUGCAGGUUUUGUGAUCUAGUCUUCCAGGGUCCUUUGUCAGUGCAGGAGGACUGGAUAAAGCAUUUACAGAGGCACAUCAUGAAUACCGCUGUACCGCACACAGGGGCAGGGAUGGUGGAAGUCGCCUCCUUCCCCAAGGACUCUUGCCCCAACACAGUACCACAGGCACAACCUUCAGUGAUGCAAAUAUCCUCAUGAGCCCAGGAAAACACACAAUUUGUCUUUGGAAUAUGACUUGUAUGUAAAUUGUUUGGUUCCCAUUUGAAUUUUAUAUUGCCAUCAGUAAGGACUUUUAAGUUUUUUACUCUUAUUGAGGAUCCAUUGUUAACACAGACCGCUUUUUAGAUAUUGUUACAUUGUGCUGGUGUUGAACAUUGUCAAAGAACGUACGACCGGUGGGUGAAUAUGUUGAGAUUUCAGUGAAACCCACCAAAAGACAACCUUUACCUCAGAUCCUUCUCACACCGAGUUUAAUCUGUCAAGGCAGAUUUAUGCUCUACAAAAACUGAAAUUAAACUGUAUGUGGAUUUUAUAUCAAGCCAUUUUCAUUUGAAAACCAACGCAAUUUAUUUUGUCCCAUCCAUGGAUUUUAAAAGGUGCACAUAUGAUGCAUAUGUGUAGAAAUGUAAGUCUUUUGUAAAUGUAAGUACAAGAAAUGUAAGUAUUUACAUUAGAAUUUUGACUCAUGCCAACACACCAGUCAUUAUGUGAAACAACCCAUUCUAUUGAUAUUAGCAGUUCGGACAGUAUGCAUGUCAUAACUCCCUGUUUACACCAUUUCUGGUAACAUUUUGGUUUUUAAUUUAUUACCCUGUUUUGAUAUUAUCUUUGAUCUGUAAGUUUGCCACGUGUGCAAAAAAAA